CCACUGGCCGGGGCCAGCAGAGCCCCUGGUCAUACGGCGCUGUGUGCUCCCAGGCACUCGACUUAUUUCGUCUUAUUAGUUUCAAGCCACAUUUAAUAUGCGGCCGCAGAAAAAGCACCAACACUUAGAUGUGUUUAUCGUCUUCUUGUGGACCGUUUCUUAGACUGCGGGCUGCUACCUAAAGUAGACACGGGCCGGGGUCCUGCAGGUUCCCCCUUGUGACAAGAAUAGCCCCAUGAUUUCAUGAAUGAGGGACCUGCAGGGUGAGAGACUCCAUUUCUCAGUGGACUCCGGAUCUGAAAACAUAUUCAACCUUGCUCUGGACAAAAAAAAAAAAGGACAGAGGAAGAUAUUCAUCUCCAAUUCACAUGAAGAAAUACACUUGUCAGGCUACAAGUGUACUUGGAAGUCACUGCAGCGAAGGGAGUGUGAGAGGGACAGCAGCAGCAAGUGUCAUCUGCUCUUCCAACUUGGGAAGGGCUUUGGAGUUUAAACUGGUGUGAACAUGAUAGCCAUCUCCAGCCAUCGGCACUGCUUAUGCAAGUGGAGAUCUGUCUGCGCCGUUGAAAGUUGACAGUGCGGAGGCACCAAUCUGACAGAGGGACGGUGUAAAUCAACGACAGCAGAGCCUCGGGCGGCUGCAUGAGAAGGAGAGUUGGGAGGACGCACGGGCAAAAAAGGGCGAGAGGCAGAGCCGGGAGGCGAGCGACGGAUUUACCCUCGGAGGGGUAAAAAGAUGACUGUGGUGUCCCGGGAGAGCCACGACGAGACUGUGGUCGUAACUCCUCUGUCGCAAGAUGCUGCGGACUCGGACCCGGCGGACCAGGAGCGCAGCGAGCGGCUGGUCAUCAACGUCUCCGGUCUGCGCUUCGAGACGCAGCUGAAGACCCUCUCCCGCUUCCCGACCACGCUCCUGGGCGACCCGCGCAAGAGGAUGCGCUUCUUCGACCCGCUGCGGAACGAGUACUUCUUCGACAGGAACCGGCCGAGCUUCGACGCCAUCCUCUAUUACUACCAGUCGGGCGGUCGGCUCCGGAGGCCCGUGAGUGUACCUGUGGAUAUUUUCCUGGAAGAGUUAAAGUUCUACGAGAUUGACGGGGAGGCCGUGGAGCUCUUCCGGGAGGACGAGGGCUUGGCGACGGAAGACGACCGCCCGCUGCCCAACAACGCGUACCAACGCCAGUUCUGGCUGCUGUUCGAGUAUCCGGAAAGCUCAGGACCUGCGCGGAUAAUUGCCAUCGUGUCCGUUAUGGUUAUUUUGAUAUCCAUCGUUAUAUUCUGCUUGGAGACACUACCUGAGUUCAGGGAAGUCCCCCCGGUGCCGGACAACAGCGCCAACGGCAGCGCCAGCGGCAAAGCGCCCAGUCCCUUCACAGAUCCCUUCUUCAUGGUAGAGACGCUCUGCAUUGUGUGGUUCUCCUUGGAGUUCACCAUGCGGUUUCUCUCGUGUCCCAGCAAGCCCGUCUUCUUCAAAAACAUCAUGAACCUGAUCGAUGUGGUGGCCAUAGCUCCCUACUUCAUCACCCUGGGCCUCGAUCUCGCGGAGCACCAGGGGAGCAGUCAGCAGGCGGCGUCUCUGGCCAUACUGAGGGUCAUCCGCCUGGUGCGCGUCUUCAGGAUUUUCAAACUCUCCAGGCACUCCAAGGGUCUCCAGAUCCUCGGCCAAACGCUCCACGCAAGUCUCAGGGAGCUGGGGCUGCUCAUAUUCUUCCUGCUCAUCGGCGUGGUUCUAUUCUCCAGCUCGGUUUAUUUCGCAGAAGCCGAGGACCCCGAGUCGGGAUUUUCAAGUAUACCCGACGCGUUUUGGUGGGCUGUGGUGACAAUGACCACGGUCGGCUAUGGAGACAUGUGUCCCUCCACCAUUGGGGGGAAAUUCGUUGGAUCUUUGUGCGCCAUCGCCGGGGUACUCACCAUAGCUCUACCGGUCCCUGUGAUAGUGUCCAAUUUCAAUUAUUUCUACCACAGGGAGAACGAGGAGGAGGACAACCUUCACUACGUACACGUGACUUGCGGGCAGCAGCAGCAACAGCCCUCGUUUGCUGAGUGUGAUUCAGACAAAAGUGACCUGUCACUCUCCAAAACGGAGUCCUAUCAGGAGAGCGACGACCCGGGCACUCUGACAUAUCCAAACAUACACCCACCUGGGACAUACACGGGGAAACUCACAGAUGUGUAAAGAAGAUGUGUGUGUGUUGGUUUUCUUUCCUGGUGAGCUGUCUUCCAGUGGACAUGAAGUCUAUAGGCUUCUCCACGACGGGUGCUUACAGGUGUUUUUACGCACGCUGUCUUCAGUGAAUCCCAGAUAUUCAUUUUACAACUAACACCAAAAUGAGGAUUUCACGCGAUCUUAAGAUGAGAAAAUCAUUCCUCCUGCUGCUCCAACUUCACACAUUUUCUCAUAUCGGGGCUACUGGUAGAAAUACAAACAUAAGGAAGAAAGCUAUGGACUAAUGUUAUACUCGGGAAACAUCUAAUAAAAACACCGGGCACACAAUCAGACGCGUAGAAUAUUUGAAACAGUACAGGCCUGCAGGAAUUGAGCCUCAGGAUAAGACAAAAGCCUCCAGGGGACAGGUGUUUUUUAUUUGUUUACCCACAAAGAAAUGGCCACGCCAACCGCAAGCUAUCCUCCUAUUGUUGAGAAAAAUAUUUUUAUAAUCCCAAAGGUUGGAACAAUGUAGGAAAGGGGAGGUCAGCCGUGCGCCAAAGGGCCAAUGACGCACGAGGCAUCCAGCUCUCCAGACUGCAGCGCGCGGCGAGUUAGCGACACAGAUGUGUAAACCGACAAAAUAAUAUGUGAUCACAUACGAUAGAACAGGCCACAAGUCAGUGUGUGUGUGUGUGUGUGUGUGUGUGUGUGUGUGUGUGUCGAACUGGCACCAUGCGCACUCUGGAGAGGUGGCUACUGCUAUGAGCACACUGACACUUGUUUAUCCACGGUCCUGUUGUGUCCAGAUCUUGGGUUACUAUAUGUGUUCGUGCCGAACGUGUCCUGGUAUCCAAACACCAGUGGCUUUUACGCAGCAUGCCGUCCCGCGGCACACACAUGUAAACUAUACUCUGCAAAGGAGUAUGUGGCGGGAAGGUUAGUAAACUGCACUGAUGUCUAAUAGAAGGCCUCGGACGAUGGCUUGUUUGCCUCUAUUUGGAUCGGACUCUCACACUCAGGAUAAUGUGUUCAGGUUUACAGCAUCUGUAUUUCACAAUAACGAGACAAGUAACCACCACUUAAAAAAUAUAAAUAUCUCGUUAUCACAGGAUCGUUUUUUUCCCUUCUCUCUAAUAAUAACAAGUCUCACAUUAGUCUAACAUUGAUUUUUCUUUUUCUUGGAGCUCGUUAUGUGCUUCUAGUGGCCAGAAUAGGUGAGCUCUGAGCGCCACUCCGUGGAUGAUCAAGAUCCCUGCAGACCGCUCAGGAACUAAGAUUCAAGCUUGAGCAUCUUUGCACUGUUGCAGCUUUUUACUGAUUAAGCCCGUGAGACUCCGUAUGUGACCGGAUGCCUGUCGGUGGUGAUCUAAGCUCACCCGAGGGCUGAAGGCUUUCUCUCACAGGUCAACACAGGGAGUUGUCGUGUUCUGUUCAGCUGCAGGAGGCAGAGGAUUUAAGCGAAGCCCCUCGCUCCCCUCAGAGUCGCAACAAAACACUAGUGUGGCCUUUUCUUCUUCUCCAAAAUACUGGAUCAUUUUCUCGAGACUGCUCUUGCAUUGCCAGUGAUGUGGCCCACAGAGACCUGGCGGUGUGGAACCGCUUGGGGAAAGUUAAGUCUGCCGCAAUAGACAACAUUCUCUUGUGUAGGCGUUGUACUGUAAACGACCACGCGUUCUUUGGAGCUGUCCAGCUGUAUACAAAGCAUUGUGUACAUGCGCCUUUUGUAAAUCUGAACCUCCUCUUUCCUUGUGCAGCUCGUGACGCAAGGUCGGAAUCGCAACUUACCGCUGUGUUGUUACAUUUCGCCGUCAACGACAUAGACAAAGGCAUUUUGGGUGUAAUGUCUUGCAUGUCAUAAAUGCAUUGUGAAUUCUAAAUGUGAUGAAAUAUUUAUUUUUCUAAUUUAAACAUGUAUGUGAACUUAACUUGAUCCUUUUUUUUAUAAAUA